CCACGAAACGCGGGCGCUGCGCUUUGGCCUCAAGAGAGGGAAGCUCAUCUACGUCUUCAAGUACCCUAACCACGACGUCGAGCACAACAAACAUCGCAACGUCAUCACACGCGCCCGUAUUGUCAAGAACGCGCUCGUAGCCGCAGGAUACCGGCUCAUACCUUGGGACUAUAAGAAAUCGCAGCGGCCGAGCUUCUGGAAGGACGAGGAGCCGGGAACAAUGGAGGAGGAAGAUGACGAUCUCUAUGGGCCUUCCGAGACGGUGGCGCCAGCAAAGCAGGAGAAGAAGGAAGAGGAAUCGGAUGGAGAGAACGGGGACGCAGCUAUGCAUGAAAGCGAGGAGUCUGAUGAGGAGGAAAGCGAGAGUGAAUCCGAUCUCGAAAUCAUCAUUGACAAGCCUCAAGUAGCUCCCAAACUGCCUCCACAACAAGAAUCAAAAGCCAUAAAGAUCGAAGCACCUUCUCAACAACAACCUCCCUCCGCGAAACCCACAAGCACCCAAACAGCCACUGCAGGAACCGCAGCACACCCCACCGUCCCCUCCAUACCCGGCACCGCCUACCCCGCCGUCCGCUCCUCCACCAUCGACGUCAAUGCCGACCCCGUGUACCCUCCAGUGGGGAAACCCAUUUCGCAAAUCAUCGACCUCGAUGCCGACCUGGCGGAGAGCACGAAGCCCUGGCGUCUACCCGGAGCGGACCAAUCCGACUACUUUAAUUACGGCUUCGACGAAUUUACCUGGGUAGGGUAUUGCGAGAAGCAGAAGAUAAUGGCGGAGGCGCGCGAGACGAUGUCGAAUGAGACUGCCCAGCUUCAGUCCAUGUUUGGUGGGAUGAUACCGGGCAUGGUUGGGAUGCCGGGAAUGCCUGGGCCUACGGGCCCGAGUGCCGACGGGGGUGCUGGUGCUGGCGCUGGUGCCAAUGUGGGCGUGCCUGGCGCGCCGACGGGGCCCGCUGCGGCGGCGGGAGGGAUGGGCGGCAUGCCACAGAUGCCGCCCGAGAUGGUACAGAACUUAGCCAUGAUGGCCGGUGUGCCUGCGCCAAUGGUGCAGAGCGAGCUUGACCAGAUGCAGGCUCAGGGCGCUGACUUCGUGAAUAUGGACUUACCCAGCUUCAUAGCAAGGGUGCAGGCAAGAGCUGGAGGAGGUAUGGGUGGUGGAUAUGGAGGUCCACAGGGCGGUUAUGGUGGUCAAGGUGGAAGGGGAGGUGGUGGGAGAAGGGGUCGAUGGUGAUUUUGACUUGAAUCAUGGCUGAGAUCACUCACACUUCAAAUGGAUCGUGAGUUUUCAGUACGAAUAACUGGCUGGCCUUGGUAGGGCUUCUUUUGGGUUCUGAACUUGGCAUGGUCCGGCGUUAGUGUACGAUACCAGGACAAAUAUUGGAAGACAUGUAGAACCCCACAUAGACCAACCACCCGGUGCACUCCAACAUG